AUGGCCAUUUUACUUUCUUUCAUGAUAAUUCUCAUGCUCCUGGUAGUACCUGGGAGGACUUCAUAUAUUAUUGCUAUCGUGUACUUCUCUGUACUCAUCUUAAGUUGUUGUGGUAUUCCUUCUUUGAUAUUCGCAGCAGCAAAAGAUGCAUGGUUGUGGUUGCGUGAACGAAACAACCCACACGGUGGUGCACCGCAACUGCAGCAUGAUCAGAGGGAACAACAACAACACAACAGACAUGGUGCUGUAGCACUGCAACUGCAUGGGAGGGAACAGUACAACAACGACAGACAUGGUGCUGCAGCGCUGCAAGUGCAUAUUGGCGAAAGAGUGCAGAUUGCUAGGGUGGGCAUGAGAGGUUUACCCUCGGUUAAGAGCUUCCAACGAGGGGUCGACAUAGAAAACGGAUCACAGUCUGAAUGUGCUAUUUGCGUGGAAGAGUUCAAGGACGGGGAGUCGGUUCAACCUUUUGGAGUUUGUGUUCAUGUCUUUCAUGUCUUCUGCAUACAGUCUUGGUUGUAUGGUGGGAAAACUACUUGCCCGGUUUAUCGAAAAGAUUUGUCGAUUACUAUUUGA